AGAGCCGCUUCUUUAUUUGUGCUGAAUCUGCUUCCAUUUAACAAGAGGCGGUGUAGUUGAAUAAAUACACAUUCUCUGGUUCUGGGUUUUUUCGGACUGAUGAUAAUUUUAUCAAUUUUAUUUCAUACAACCUGGAUGGCAAAUAUCACUCGGAAAGCGUUUUAUCCUAAACCAGCGUCCGGUGUUCUGCCAGUGUUUCUGAGCAAUGAUAGCUGAAACCUGCUGUCUAGUUCUGUCGCUUGAAGCUAACUAGUUGGUUAACCCGUUUUUUAGUUAUUCGUCUUCUUUAGAACUACCGUUAGCUAGGUGGAAUCAGAUGCCGAUAUCUCCUGGAGCACAAACGUUAUUCAGCCGCUGGACUAAGAGAGGCUGAAACGUUUGUUAGCUUACUAGCUAACGUUAGCCAACUAAGCGAAGGGACGGCAUAUUUAUAGCCGCUAGCUAGUGGUCUAAUUUAACUAGCUAGCUAGCUGCACCCUGUGGUGUUUGGGCCAACAUCUGGAGACGGAAAAAAAUCUGAUGGCAAACGAGCCGAUCAUAUUGAACGUUUAUGAUAUGUACUGGAUCAAUGAGUUCACCAGCUCUCUGGGCAUCGGAGUCUUUCACUCUGGGAUCGAAAUCUACGGCAGAGAGUUCGCCUAUGGGGGACACCCGUACCCGUUCUCGGGGAUCUUCGAGAUCACCCCUGGCGACGCCACAGAACUCGGGGAGACUUUCAAAUUCAAAGAGUCCAUCGUGCUGGGCAGCACGGAUUUCACGGAGGAGGACGUGGAGCGGAUUGUAGAGGAGAUGGGAAAGGAGUACAAAGGGAACUCCUACCACCUCAUGCACAAGAACUGCAACCACUUCUCCUCUGCCCUCUCAGAGAUCCUGUGUGGGAGGGAGAUCCCGCGCUGGGUGAACAGGCUGGCCUACUUCAGCUCCUGCGUGCCCUUCCUGCAGAGCUGCCUGCCCCGGGAGUGGCUGACCCCGGCCGCCCUGCAGUCCAGCGUCAGCCAGGAGCUCCAGGGCGAGCUGGAGGAGGCGGAGGAUGCGGCCGCUUCCGCCUCCCUGCCUUCCUGCUCCGCCUCUCAGCCUCCCCGCUCCGCCUCCCUGCCGCCCCGCUCCCCCUCGCCGCUGCCCAGAGCCAAGCGCCAGUCACGCAGAUAGGCCCCGCCCCUGCCCACUGAUUGGACUGGCCACUGCACCCCACCCAAUCGUGCCAGCCGGCUGCAAUAAUCUCCUGACUCAGACGGAAAGUUCCGGUCUGCGGGCGGCCUCAGUGCUGGAGCUCCGGCCUCCCAGGACUCUACUUUUAUAAAAAUGUAAAUCUCAAACUACUUCUUUUUUUUAAAAAAUAUUUUUGUCGUUUUUUGUUUUUUUGGGAUUCUUCUUUGGCCUUUUAUUCCUUGUACAUACUCAGGAUAUGUGGUCUAGUUAUAACACUUGUUUGUUUUGCCUUGUUUGUACACUUUGUCUUGUUUUUUUGAAUUUUUAUUUUAUUUUAAUGCAGUAGUCCGUUGACUUUUCAGUAAUGCACACGGUGCAUUUUAAAACUUUUUUAAAAAAAAAAGUUAAAGAGGUUUUGUUUACGAGCUGCGUGUGCAUGCAUGCGUGUGUGUACAUGUGUGUGCGAGGCCGUACAUGUGUGUGCGUGCAUGUGUGUGAGGGUGUACGUGUGUGUGCAUGCAUGCGUGUGUGUACAUGCGUGUGCGAGGCCGUACAUGUGUGUGCAUGUGCGUGCGUGCAUGUGUGUGAGGGUGUACGUGUGUUUGUAUGCAUGUGUGUGUGUGUAUGUGUGUA